UUUUUCUUUUGACAAGUAUGUUCUUGGUCACUAAAUGGAAUGUCAGGACUAACCAUUUUUGUGCCUCAGGCUGAAAGUAGCUUCAGUGAAGAGGAAGAAGAAAAACUUCAAGUAGCUUUUUUGUUGGAAAAGCAGGAUCUUCAUCUGGUCCUUGAAACUAUAUCAUUCAUUUUGGAGCAGGCAGUCUAUCAUAAUUUGAAGCCUGCUUCAUUGCAACAACAGCUGCAAAGCAUUCACCUGGAUCAAGACAAAGCUGAAGCAUUUGCCAGUGCAUGGGCGGCUGCAGGUCAAGAUACGAUUGAAAAGUUCAGGCAGAGAGUUUUGACCCCUCAGAAGCUUGAAACAAUUGGAUGGCAGCUUAAUCUUCAAAUGGCAGAGUCCAUGCAAGCAAAGCUGAAGUCUCCUCGGGCUGUGCUAGAGUUGGGAGUGUGCAGUGAAGAUUCAAAGAACCUGAAGAAAGUGUUUGUAGAAUUUAGUCAUCAGGAGCUGUUUGAGUUCUAUAACAAGGCUUCCCAGAGGAAAGUGGCAGAAGCAAGGGCUCUGGCUGCUGAACUUCAGCUGGGUGCAUUCAUCAGGAUAAUGUCAUGCUAAGAACUGCUGCAGAGCUCACUCCUAAAGUGAGUCCUAUAUCCAUUAAUCUCCAGAACUAGCACUGUCAUCAUUUCUGUCUGGAUCCUACACACAUAGCAAAGA